UCUUCCGGGACGAACGUCUGGGCGACCGCACGUGGUAGUAGCGCCGGGACUUGAACCUAGCUGGCAGAGAAGUGAUUGCAACUGUCUCCCAGCGAGAGGGAGCCGAGCCGGAGCCAUGGAGGGUCAGAGCGUGGAGGAGCUGCUGGCAAAGGCGGAGCGGGACGAGGCAGAGAAGCUGCAGCGCAUCACGGUGCACAAGGAACUGGAGCUGGAGUUCGACCUGGGUAACCUGCUGGCCUCGGACCGGAACCCUCCGACCGGGCUGCGGCACGCGGGACCCACGCAGGAGGCCGAGCUGCGGGCCCUGGCGCGGGACAACACGCAGCUGCUCAUCAACCAGCUGUGGCAGCUGCCCACCGAUCGUGUGGAGGAGGCGCUGGUGGCGCGGCUGCCGGAGCCCACCACUCGUCUGCCGCGCGAGAAGCCUGUGCCCCGGCCGCGGCCGCUUACACGCUGGCAGCAGUUUGCGCGCCUCAAGGGCAUCCGUCCCAAGAAGAAGACCAAUCUGGUGUGGGACGAGGGGAGCGGCCAGUGGCGCCGCCGCUGGGGCUACCAGCGGGCCCGCGACGACACCAAGGAAUGGUUGAUCGAGGUGCCCGGGAAUGCCGACCCCAUGGAGGACCAGUUCGCCAAGCGGAUUCAGGCUAAGAAGGAACGGGUGGCCAAGAACGAGCUGAACCGGCUGCGUAACCUGGCCCGCGCGCACAAGUUGCGGCUGCCUAGCGCGGCCGGCAUGCACCCUACCGGACACCAGAGUAAGGAGGAGCUUGGCCGCGCCGUGCAGGUGGCCAGGGUCUCCACCGCCUCUGUGGGGCGCUUCCAGGAGCGCCUGCCCAAGGAGAAGGCGCCCCGGGGCUCUGGAAAGAAGAGGAAGUUUCAGCCUCUUUUCGGGGACUUUGCAGCCGAGAAAAACAGCCAGUUGGAGAUGCUGCGAAUAAUGAACAGCAAGAAGCCUCAGUUGGACGUUACGAGGGCCACCAAUAAGCAGAUGAGGGAGGAGGACCAGGAAGAGGCGGCUAAGAGGAGGAAAAUGAGUCAGAAGGGCAAGAGAAAGGGGGGCCGACAGGGUCCCGGGGGUAAGAGGAAAGGGGGCCCGCCCAGCCAAGGAGGGAAGAGGAAAGGGGGCUUGGGAGGCAAGAUGAAUUCCGGGCGGCCUGGCUUGAGUGGCAAGAGAAAAGGAGGGCAACACCAAGGAGGAAAGAGGAGGAAGUAAAUUUCACCCUCGGACCUGCUUGUAAACCAAGAACUGUACUUAAUGUUAAGUUCUAGGUACAGUAGGGGGAUACAGCAGAUGGGGCCGCUGCCUGCAUCGAGCUUCAGGUUAAAGGGCUAGGCUUGCCCUCCUCUGAAGAUGGUUGUAAAUGUUUGAUUCGACAAAUUAAUGCAUUUCCCACAGCCAAAACUUUUGCUGGAGAUUAAAGGAUGUAUUUAAGGACAUACGAAUUGGAAAGAAUUUGUGGAAACUAGGAGUGAGUUCUGUUUUUAAACAGCCAUUUUUUUCUCUCUCUUUAAACUUUGGAUGGGGUGUAAGGGAGAGAGCUGGUCAUAUUUCAGAGACUUUUAAUAGAUUGGUAUCUGCAUUAUUUUGAUAACAAGCUUGUGUAUUUAUCAAAGGAGAGGGACAGAAAGGUUACAUUUUCAGAACGGUUGUAAAGGUUAUUUAAUAAAAGUGUCUUAUGUAAUGUUGCUUUUAACUUUUUGGCUACUGGUACAAAUCUUAAGUAAAGCUUGUGACCUGAAUACCUGGCACAGAUUACUUUCAUUUACUUUCUAGAAAACAUAGCAGCUAAAUUAUGAUUUCAGUGAGACCACUUUUAUUAGAAAAGCUCAUACUUCUUUUGGCAUCAGAUAUAAUAUUGAAAGUGUAGUACAACUGGUGCCUCUUUCAACACUGAAAACAUUAAUUUGCUGUAAAUGAUAAAUUGGGGCUUCACUAAAUAAUAGUAAUAAUCCUCAUUAAUCCUAAUUUUAUACUUAAAUCUUUAUCAACAUUUAUGUCCCCAGUUUUUUUAAAGCUUCAAGUAGGUCUGUUUGGGGAAGAGAGAAAGAAACUCACAAAGUCCUUACUUGGAACAUUAUCUUUUGAUUCAUUUGUCAAAUUUACCUGAGCUGGUUUGAUUAGGAGGUGAAAUGUUUACAGCUAUUCUGGGUCUCUUUCCCUAAUUGAUAUCAGUAACUCAUCUUCGUAAAAAUACAUAUCUCCUGAAAAGGAUUCAUAGUACAUCUAGAAUGGGGGGGGUAGUGCUUUUUUGCUGCUGUUAUAGGUCUGAGGAGCCACUCUACUCUUGCUUUUUGGUCUGACAAUUGAUAGGAAAUUAAAAUUGAGAUCGUUUGUCUCUCA